UCGCAGCUGAUGUUGGGAUGUAUCGAUUUGGAGGUUAUUUGCUUGAUAGGCGGAAACUGUCUACCGACAUCAGAAAAGUUUACGAUGUAGUCGUUAUUGGAGGCGGGCAUGCCGGUACGGAAGCAUGCGCGGCUGCAGCCAGAAUGGGUGCUCGGACGUUACUGGUCACACACAAGAAGGAAACAAUAGGUGAAAUGUCUUGCAACCCUUCAUUUGGAGGCAUCGGCAAAGGUCAUUUGGUUCGAGAAGUCGAUGCAUUGGACGGAGUCUGUGGGAGAUGUUGCGAUGUUUCCGGUGUACAAUACAAGGUUCUUAAUCGUCGCCGGGGUCCGGCUGUAUGGGGUCCAAGAGCUCAGAUUGAUCGUAGUCUCUAUAAAGAAGCGGUCCAGAAAGAAUUGUUUAAAAUUCCUAAUUUAGAAGUAAUGUGUCAACCUGUCGAGGACCUAAUUAUUAAUCAGAAUGACAUAUAUGCUAAUUCAAAUUCGAAUGUAAGAUGUGAUGGGGUUAUCCUUCAGGAUGGGAGCCGCAUUGAAUCUAAAUGUGUAGUAAUUACAACUGGAACAUUCCUCAGAGGCCAAAUCAACAUCGGACUAGACAUAAGGCCUGCGGGCCGUAUUGGUGAUGAACCGGCAAUUGGAUUAGCGAAAAGUCUAGAAGCGUUAGAAUUUCGAAUGAGUCGGUUGAGAACUGGAACACCACCAAGAAUUAAAUCCAGCUCAAUUAACUUCAAAGUACUCGAAGCCCACUAUGGUGAUAAUCCACCGGUUCCAUUCUCCUUUAUGAAUGACUCAGUGUUGCUAAAGCCUUCUGAACAAUUGCCUUGUCAUUUAACUUAUACUGGUGAAGCUGUAAAUAAAAUUGUUCAUGAAACAUUGCACUGCAACCGUCAUGUCACAGAAGAAGUGACGGGACCCCGGUACUGUCCUUCUAUAGAAUCGAAAAUAUUACGUUUUGGCAAUAAACCACAUCAGAUUUGGUUGGAGCCUGAAGGUUUUAAUAGCGAUAUCACUUAUCCGAAUGGCAUUUCUUGCACAAUGCCGGAGGAGCAUCAAAUUCGAUUAGUUCGGACGAUACAUGGUUUGGAAAAUGCUGAAAUCGUUCGACCCGGUUAUGGAGUUAGUUAUGAUUUCAUUGACCCGAGGGAAUUAUAUCAAACGCUUGAAACAAAGAAGAUAGCAAACUUAUUUUUAGCUGGUCAAAUUAAUGGAACCACGGGGUAUGAAGAAGCGGCUGGACAAGGCAUUUUAGCAGGAGCAAAUGCUGCGGCUAAAUGCUUGAAUCGAGAACCUCUGACUGCUAGCAGGACUGAAGGGUAUAUUGGAGUUCUCAUAGACGACCUUACCACAUUAGGCACGAGUGAACCUUACAGGAUGUUCACGAGCAGAGCAGAGUUUCGUUUGAUACUCCGGCCGGACAAUGCUGAUCUUAGACUAACGGAGAAGGGAUACAAAAUUGGAUUAGUCUCUAAUGAAAGAUUCAACAAAAUGACUUCUGUUCGUUCAAAAUUACAAGAAGGUAUCUCCCUCCUAAAAUCGAUUAGUAAACCAUCGAAUGAAUGGCGGGUGCUGCUUAAAAGGCCUGUCUCUAAGUCAUCUGUUAUGAAAAGCGCUUUUGAUAUGAUAGCUAUACCGAGUGAUGGUAUUUCUUGCGAUGACUUAGCCAACAUUUUACCUGAACCGUUAGGCUGGCUUCGAGAUCAUCCACAUGUGGCUGAUCGGAUCAAAAUAGAGGCUUUAUAUGAGCAUGCCAUUGGUGAACAAGCCAAAGAAGUUGAGGAAGUUAGAAAGGAUGAACAACUUAAAAUUCCAGUGAAUAUUGAUUAUUUUGAGAAAUCUCUUAGUUUAUCAAAUGAGGAACGAGAAAAAUUGACCAUGAUCCAACCACAAACGAUUGCAGCCGCCAGUCGCAUUCAAGGUGUAACACCGUCAACAAUUGUACGAUUGCUCAGAUUUGUUAAGCAAACUCACUCUCUGAACUCCGAUGUUAAUCAUGUUAAUCAUGUUGUGUGAAUAAAGGGUAAAUAUCUG